GGAGGGCGUUUUGGGGAAGGGCAUCUUUGUGCGCUUGUGUGUCAGACUGUGUUCAGAGGGAGGCGGCGGGUGGCUGCAGCCCACAUGGAGCGGCAAUGCAAAAAUUUGACCAAGGAUACUGCUAAGGUCCGAUUAAGAAAGCAUGAUGUUGGAACCAAGUUUUCCCAGUGGUUAUCAACGAAAUACUCUAUCCUAAUACCUUUGUUGGUUAAAGAAGAAAAAAUUUAUCUGCUCUUCACAGUCCGAUCAAAGAAGUUACGUACCUCACCAGGGGAAGUGUGCUUCCCAGGGGGAAAGAGUGAGCCAGGAGACAGAGAUGAAAUAGCGACGGCUCUCCGGGAAGCUGAGGAGGAAGUUGGACUUCAGCCACACCAAGUAGAAGUCAUCUGUCGUCUUGUGCCAUACAUAAACAAGAAUGGUGCCAUGAUAACCCCAGUUGUGGGAUUUAUAGACAGUUCAUUCCAGGCCCAGCCUAAUCCACAUGAAGUGAGCGAGGUGUUCCUGGUGCCCCUGGAGUUUUUCCUGAGUCCACGCACACACUAUUCUUUUUACUCAACUAUUUUUGGUCACCGUGUUCUCUUUCAUUACUUUGGCUACAUGGAUCGCCAAAAUCAAUCAACCUAUCAAAUCUGGGGAUUGACAGCACGGUUUGCACUGUUGACUGCACUCAUUGUUUUGCAAAAGCAACCUUCCUUUGAUGUUGAAUAUGACCUCAAUGAUCUCAUGUCAUCCUCUGAGCAAUACUUUGUAAAGAUACACAGAACCGUCAAGAGCAACUUAUGAUCUAGAUAUGGAAACAUCCAGGUACUUGUUCAUGUACCAGACUGAUUCUCAAACAAAGGAUCCUCCUCCUGGCAUGAGAUUUGUUGUUUGGGUUAAAUUGAAAGCCUAGGUUGAGAGCUUAAUGGAUUAUGUUGUUUUUCAUCUUUGUAUCCCCAGUGCCAAGCUCAGUGCCUUGCAAAUGGAGGCUUAAUAAAUGUUUAUUGAACUGAAAAAUGUAUUUUCUUGACAGGUUGUCUAUAGCACUGAACUAAUUUGAUUAUGCUUUAAUCAAUAUCAAUUUUCUGACAGAUGUUCCAUUUAAUAUAUUUGUAAAGUAUAUAAGUAAAUAUAGAAGAAGACGACAUAAAAUGUAUAAUUCCAGUCUUGUGAUGCUUAUCAGUUUUAUUAUAGCCUAUUGAGAUUUUGGACAAUUAGAAAUAGAAUCUCAGAGCUAGUAAGAAUCUGAGAGAUCAUCUAGUUCCUGCUCAAGCAUGAAUACCUUCUACUGUGUCUCCAAAAAGCAUCCGGUUAUCCAGCCCCCAAUUAAAUACCUCUUUUGAUGGGAAACUCACUACCUUACAAAGCAAUGUACUCUACUUUUGUACAAUUCUAGUUUUUGUAAAAUUUA